AUGUUGCGCGUCACCAAACUCACCGAUUACGCCACCGUCGUGCUGACCGUGCUUUGCCGCCCGUCCGGGCGAGGUGCUCACAAGGUGCUCAAGCCGCUGGCCCAGGCCGGCCUGGUCGAGGGCCUGCGCGGUGUCCGCGGUGGCUACCGCCUGACCCGCCCGGCCCUCGAGAUCUCGCUGUUCGAAGUGGUCGAGGCAAUGGAAGGGCCGCUGGCCCUGACCGAAUGCAGCCACGACCACCACCAGUGCGGCAUGGCGCCCAAAUGCGGUGCACGCAGCAGCUGGCGGCUGAUCAACGACGUGGUCUCCGAGGCCCUGCGCGACGUCACCCUUGCGCAGAUCCUGCCCCCCCUCCCCCUUGCCGAUGACGAACAGCGCCGCACCAUCGCUGUCGACGUCGUCUCCUGA